AUGAUACCGAUACGUGAAAUCAACCCCGCUGCAUCGCUGCCUGAAGCCUUCGGACAAAUGAAUCUCUAUUGGGCCAAGUAUGUGAUCUCGAUUGGCGCACUCUGUGGCAUGACGACCACACUACUGGGUUCGUUAUUUGCCCUGCCGCGUUGCAUGUACGCUAUGGCCUCGGAUGGACUGCUCUUCAGCUGCUUUGGACGCAUCAACACCACCACACAAGUUCCCGUGCUCAAUCUGGUGGUUUCCGGCCUGUUAAGCGCAAUACUGGCGCUGCUCUUCGAUUUGGAGAAGCUCGUGGAGUUCAUGUCAAUUGGUACGCUACUCGCCUACACCAUCGUCUCCGCCAGUGUCAUAAUACUGCGCUAUCGCCCACUGGCCAGUCAGGAGCAUGCUAUCUACGCCCCAGAUACACCCGACGAGGAUGAUGAUGACAACACCUCGCAAUCUAGCAUCGACACCGCUUCACCUACAAGUGAUUUGAUAGAGGGCGCACUCGCUGGCCGACUCAAACCACAAUUCCGUUGGCUCGAACCACUACUCGGUCGCUUUGAACCCGGCGCAGCUGUAUCCGCUGCGGUGCUGCUCUUCUCAGUGCUCAGCUUUGCGAUUUGCUUCCAACUCGAGGUAUCCUGGUCGGAACUUUACACCGGCACUUGGUGGGCGCUCCUCCUCUACGGUUUUAUGAUAUUUAUAGCUGGCGCUUGUGUCGCCGUGAUUGCGGUACAUCAUCAGAACACGCGCGGACUCAACUUCAAAGUGCCGCUGGUGCCCUUCGUGCCGGCGCUAAGCAUCUUCUGCAACAUUGUGCUCAUGGUGCAUUUGAGUGCGCUCACCUGGUUGCGCUUUUUCAUCUGGGUCGCCGUCGGCAUGCUGAUCUACUUCCUCUACGGCAUACAUCACAGCAAAGAGGGUGAGGUGUGCUCUUCCUAUUCCAUGUUAAUGACUUCAACGGAGGCGUGCAAAUCGCAUUGGGGUGCUACGGGCGGCGGAUUCACCAUCAGUUUGAGUGGCAGUGGGGGUGGCGGUGUAAUGAAGCGCACUGUCUUGCAACGUUUCAUUGGCAGGAAAAUGGAUGAUAAGAAACCGAUUGUGGAGGAGGAGGAUGUGGAUGUGGAUGUGGAUGAGGUGGACGAAGAGGGACACACGUAA